CCCCCAGUCUGACAUUGGAAAGCUGGUGGGGGGGUUCUGACACCUUAACCAUCACAACUGAACUCCUCUACCCCAAACUGAACCUAAAAUCCAGCCCAAACUGAGGACCAAACAAAACGUCCCCACUUUGCAAAGAUGUCCUCACUUCCAAGGUCAGACUGUACGGAGCACCAGAGAAUAAUGAUGAAGAGUGAUGAAGAAAUAAUGAAGGCGUAAUGAGGGAGUAAUUCUGUGUUCACAUCAUAUGAACUCUGUGGUUUGGACCCAGACAAACCUUACGGAUACAUUACGUGAGAUAAAAAGGGGUACAUCUCCAUGGCGACAACCCCCCGGACCUGUAAACACACCUCCUGCUGGGUGAACGAGUCAAUGUGAGAGUGUCGGAGGAGCAGCAUGCACAGGUCCUACCAGCCUCUAAAACCCGUCACCAACCGAUACCUGCAGCAGCGAUGGGAACAGAACAACUUCGACGACCACCGCAGAAAGGUGAGCUCCGCCCUGCCGGUAGUGGACAACAAAGGCAUGAGGACACCAGCUCACGUCCAACUCAAACUCAAAAAACUACAGCUGCAGGAUGAGCGGCUGUCAAUCAUCGACAGGGAUAACCGCCUCCUGGCCUCCAGACUGGCCGACAUUGUUUGCUCUAAAGGCGUGGUGGACCAUCGGAACCAGUACCACCUGAGGAGUCUGAACGCUGACAGGAGGAGGGAGGAGCUUCUACUGGUCAGCCGCCAGAAUCAGGCCAUCUACCAGCGAAUCACGUCUCGCCAGUCAGAGUACCGCCGCCAGCUAUGGUUGGAUGACUGGGAGAAGGCAGAGCGUCGGCGGGACGACAUUUCCCGAUACCCCCGAGGGCUCGCAGAGAAACAGAGGUCGAACAGGAAGGUGAAGUUCGCCGCGGUGGAGGGCAGCGAGCGCUCGACGAGCUGCAGCACCACAGACACCGACAGGACCGACAGACAAACACUGGAGCCGCUGAAGUAGACCAACUGUCCUCAGAUACUUUUAGAUUUAACAACCAAACAUGAUAAAACCCGUCCUACUGUCUGUCUGCUGGAGAUAUAAAGAGAAAGAAGAAAUAAAAAGUUCCUGGAAUAAAA